AUGAGAUCUGAUGUAUUGGAUCCUAUUUGGGUUAGAUUAGUCGGUUAUUCGGGUACAAAUUUCAUUCUUAGUAUCCCUGGAACUAUAAUAAGUGUUUUUAAACAUUUGGAUCAAUUCAAAACUACAGUUUCAACUUCAGCCAGUAGUACGGAAGAACUUAAUGAUCCUAAUUAUCAAGUUGAAGAUGAGGAAUCCGGAAAACUAACAAAGGAAUCAAAGGAACCAAAGAAACCAGAGGAAUCUGUGCACAGGCCUACAAAAAUUGUUAUAAGAACAAGUAUAGCUACCGAAGUUUCAAAUUCUACUCAACAACCAAAUUCAAAUUAUGACGUAGAUAUCACUACCCCUGAGAAUCCUAUAAAUUCCACCAUCCCUACAAUUUCAAGAAACCGUUCAACGAGAAAAAAAGUUUCUAAUCGUAAAUCAUAUGGUCUAACACGCCGGGCUGCAAUUCGUAUGGCCGGUUUUUCUUUAGGGUUCGCUUUCAUAAAUCUUUUAGGUUGUGUCAAAACCAUUAUGAACAUUAUAGGUGGUAAACCUCAAGAGACAUCUAUAUCAAGUAACGAUUGGAUAGGUGUAUUUCUUGGAAUUAUAAUUUAUAUAGUAUUUGGUUUGCCUGAUAAAAAAAAAUUAUUUGAAGAAUUAACGUCUACAAUGCAUUUGGGUAGUGGUGAUAAUGGAUUACAAGAGGCUACCGUUUCAACAGAAAAUGAAGAGAGAAAUAAUAUUCUAUCUGAGACUAUGGAAUCUGAUGAACAAGAUUUAUUUGAUGACUUAUCAUCAAAUAAAAUAUUGUCAAUUGAACAUAUUAGAUUAAUGGUACGAGCACAAAAACAAAAGUUUCAACAGAACACCGGGUCAAAAUAUCAAAGAGCACCUUCUGACAUUAAAGUGAACCGAAAAUCACGCACUCCAAAAAUUAUAAGGAACACUCAAAUAAAUGAUAAUAAUAAUAAUUUAAAUUCCAAAUUAUUUAGGAACAAUUUUAAUAAUGUGAAUGUAAAAAAUGUAAAAAAAGGUAAGCACACACAAGAUACACAUGACUCACAUGCAAAAGAGUGUCGAUAUGGUCAAAAACAAGUUAAUGAAGAUAGAAAAAAUAAGGAAAAUUUUCGGAGAAAACAAAAAGAUCGUCUACCAUCUACUUUAAUGGAUUAUCGAGAUUCAGACAGCGAAUUUGCAAAACGUUGGGAAAAUGUGGAUCCAAGAGAUAUUAAUUGGCAAAAAAAAGUUGAACAAUCAGGGACGAAUGUUGAAACAGUAUCAAUUCCAUUUACUGAGGUAAUAAAAGAAAGGUUAAUUCCUUUACCAAUUUCAAAUGGUCCUAAAAAUUUAAGAAAUCUACCUCAAAAUAUCGAAUUAAAUCAGCAGGAAUUAGUACAAAUAGAUGAAUCUCAAAUGGAAUCUAUCUUUAAAGUCCAGGAUUGGUUAAAGAAUUUUCAGGAAUAUGAUAAUUCACAUUUCCUUGAUGGGGAUGACGAUGAUUUAUUAGAAUCAAUUAGUUCGGAUGAAGAAUAUCAGAGUUCUAAUGAAGUUUCUACCGAUCAUGAAGCAUCAACAGUAUCUGAUUUAAUGGUAAAACAACAAGAUAUUGUAAUACGAGAAAAGAAAACAGAUGAAAAUAGAAUAAUAAUUGAAAAAUUUUUGAAUACACUCGUGGAUAAAAAUUCACAAGGAACUAUUAAUCCUUUCAGUCAUUCUUUAGAUUCUAAUUCACUACAUGAUCUUGAUUCUUCCUAUGAAUCUUUCGAUGAUUUAUCACGGAAAAUUAAAAAAUCCGAGGAAAGUUUGAAUAAACUAGAAAGAAAAUUGAUACAAAAGGAAAAGCAACUGCAAUUGGCAUUAAAAAUUGCUCAAAACUUGGUGGACAAAAAAUUAACAUUGUUGGAAUGGGAACGUGGAUUAAAAAAGCAUGAAAAACAUGUAAAUUCGUUAGUAAAUAGAAUUAGUUCUAACAAAGAUAUAUCAUUUAUGAAUAAUAAAUUUGGAGAGAAAAAAGAAAAAUCAGAGAAACAACGAGCUGUUGAAUCUCGAGAUCAUGAAUUAUCGUCUCAUGAUUUUAGUGAGUCUGAUUGGGAAAGAUUAAUAAUACGUACAGCUGAAAGUGAUAGUGAGGAAUAUUUGGUGUCACCAACUAUGCCAAGUAAUCAAAAACAUCAAAAAUAUCAAAAUGAUGUUAUGAAAGAUCAAGAAACAUCAGAAUCCAAGAGUGAUGAAUUUGUGGUUUCCAUCGAUGAUACUGCUUAUAUUAAUAACAAGAAAUCCAAAUUUUUGGAUGAUGAGAGAAAUAAAUCUUCACAAAUUUCUAGUUUUGAUUGUAUUUUGUCUCAAAUGCUAAAAAUGAAUAUAUCGGAAAUUGGCGAUUAUGAAUUAAAUAGUGAAUACCUAAAAUCUUUUUCGGAUGAGAUUAAUCAAGAUAUUUCGGAAGAUGAAAUAUUACAAGACAAUACAUCUAAGGGAAAUAAUAACAAAGGAACUAAACCACCUGUUGAAAAUAUUAUAUGUUCUAAUAAAACUAACAAUAUAAUAGAUGAAACUUUUAAACAACAACCAAUUAGUAUUGAAAAUAGUUCAAUAAAUUCAUCAUCAUCUGUAAAUAAGGAUAAAGAUAAAUUCUUUUCAAUACUUUGGUCAAUAAUAGAUAAUGAUUCCAAACAGCCAAUUCAGAUUGAAAAUAAUAAUGAUAAUGAUUCUUCAAUUAGAUUAUUAUUAACGAAUAAAGAUAAUAAAGACAAUAAGGACGAUAACAAUUUAAAAUCACAAGAAAAAGUUGAUGAUGAUAAUAUAGAGGAUUUUUCAAUUCAAUCAUAUCAAAAUGGUGAAGAAAAUGGACUUUAUUUUCCAGAAGUUGUUAAUAACUUACCAAGUUGGAAAUCUUUUGUAGCAUAUGUUCGUGGCGAUAUGGACAGAAAAUAG